AUGGCUGGGCGGCCACAGAAGAAAAAAAAUCAUACACUGGACGUUUUAUCGUCGACAAGUGCAGCCGAAAUAUCAGAUACGGAACACGCCGAAGCCAUGUCCAGCUCAGGCUGUAAUAAAAUUAAUUUUCAAGAAGUGCUUGACGCACUUCCUCCAGCAGAUCGAGAAACAGGAGAAAGGUUGAGGCGACAUUUACAGUUCUUUUUCAUGGACACCUUAUGGAAGUGGAGAGUGCGCCGACAGAUACCUUAUAAGCUACUUUUGCAGGUGCUAAAAAUUAUUUUAAUAACUGCCCAGCUAAUUCUGUUUGCUGAACUUCGGAUGUCUCACGUAGACUUUGUUGACGAGACUGACACGGUAAUGAGGCAUAAGUUUCUGAGAAAGUGGUCUGGUGAUCGUAAUACCCUUGAUUGUUCAUCAACUUCUGAACGAUAUGCUGUAUAUAAUGUAGAUGAUUUAAUUGAGGAGUUUUCUUACAUUGUUUGUGCAUAUUAUCAUCUUCAAGAAGAUUCAUUUGCUAGUUUUUCAUACGAUACUGCCUAUGUACAACGUGUUUCGCGACAAGCUGAAAAAGACCCCGAUGGAAUGGAAGUAAAUGAUCCAAACAAACUACCAUUUGGAAAAAUCCCGUAUCUUCGGUUUUGUCUGGAACGGAUUGCUAACGUAUCUGUUUUUAAUAACACUUACGACUUUGAUAUCACUCCCGUUCACGAUUGUUACUCACUGAAUUUUACGGAGGAUGAUGUAAGGAAGGUCUGUGAGAACUCAACGAGUGCAGUGCCAAUUUUGGCUAAACGUGGGAUUAGCUUCAAAACUGAGGACGCUUUGAUAAUUUCCGAAGGAGUCAUAUAUUUUAACUUACGAACAAUUCAUUUCAGUCCUAUCGCUACCGACCAACGUCCAGAGUGUUAUCUUAUUGCUGUAUCAAUACUUUUUGACAACUCUCAUCAUACAGGACAGGUCUAUGUGUCGUUAUCAACUGAAAUUGGCUACGUGAACCUCUGUAAUGGCAGAAUUCUCAAAGGUGGUGGAUUUCCAUAUGAAGUCAUGAUAAUGGGACUGCUAGACGUAGUGGUUCUUUUGGUCUGCAUAGCUUCAUUUAUUCUUUGUUGUCGUGCCCUCAUCCGUGCUCAUCUUUUAAAAAAGAUGAGCAUUGAGUAUUUUGAGCAAGUGCUCAAAUGCCCUCUUUCUAUCAGCGAUCAGUUAGAGUUCUUGAAUUUGUGGUAUGUCAUGAUCGUAAUCAGUGAUGUCUGCAUGGUCAGUGCGACUCUGUGCAAAAUAACUAUUGAGUUCAGGGACUUCGAUAACAGUUUAUUUAACACUACCGGUAUACUUCUUGGUAUUGGUGCUUUACUGGUUUAUGUCGGAGUGCUUCGAUAUUUUGGUUUUUUCUCCAAAUACAAUGUACUUAUUUUGACUAUGAAGAAAGCCUUACCAAACAUACUUCGGUUUAUGUCGUGUGCUGCUGUACUUUAUGCAGGUUUUCUGGUGGCUGGAUGGGUUAUUAUCGGUCCUUACAGUUUGAAAUUCCGCACUUUGGGACAAGCUUCUGAGGCGCUGUUUUCUCUUCUUAAUGGCGACGACAUGUUUGCUACCUUUUAUACUAUAAGUGACACUAAUGCGUUAAUCAAAAUUGUGGGAACUAUUUACGUAUACGUCUUUGUUUCGCUGUUUAUUUAUGUUGUUCUAUCUUUAUUUAUUGCUAUCAUAAUGGAUGCUUAUGAAAUAGUGAAAGUAAGAUUUUAG